UAAGGUGCUAGUACUUUAAUUAAUCUCCAUUCUCACGAAGAAAACACAAGUUUUGGAUGGAUACAGUAAAUGCUCAAAGUUCAGCAGUAUAUUCUUCAUAAUGAGUUUUGCCAGUGUGAUCUCCAGCUUCUCAUAAGUUUUAGUCCAGCUCUUGGGUUGUUUUCUUAACCUUGAUAUUACCUGACUGGUACAGCUGAAUUUGUCAAAUGGAGGACCUACCAGAGGCUCUGGUGGCAGAGAUUCUCAAGAAGAUCACCAGGACCAGUGAUCUGAACUCGCUUUCCCUUGUGUCAAAGCAGCUCUACAAGAUGGAGGGGAAUCAAAGGGGUGCUAUCCGUGUUGGUUCCGGUCUUUGCACUGCUACAAAAGCACUGAAAUCAUUGUGCGCCCGGUUCCCAAAUUUGUGGAAAGUGGAAAUCGAUUACUCUGGUUGGAUACCUAGACAUGGAAAGCAGUUGAACAACAAAGGCCUUUUUGUGUUUUCAUCUCACUGUUCCUCGCUGACUGACCUCACCUUAAGCUUCUGCUCAUACAUUGAUGACUCUGGGCUUCGUUGCUUAGCUUACUGCAAGACAUUGGUGUCUCUCAGGCUGAAAUCCGCACCAGAAAUAACUUCAAUUGGGCUUUUCUCGGUUGCAGUUGGUUGCACGAGCCUAUCUGCUCUUCACCUUAUUGAUUGCAAGAAAAUCGACAGUGUAAAGUGGCUGGAAUACCUUGGUAGGGAUGGAUCGUUGGAAGAGCUUGUAGUGAAAUAUUGCAAAGGAAUCAAACAUCAUGACCUCCUAAAGUUUGGUUCAGGAUGGAUGAAGCUCCAGAAGUUUGAGUUUCAGGGGAAUGGAGGAAUAUAUGGUCUUUGUCAAGGUGAUGUAGUCUAUGACUCCUCGUACGAUGCUCACAGCAAGAAUAUAUAUGAUUUCUGCUGUGAGAGUUUGAGGGAUUUAAGGUUGGCACAUAUUAAAACUUGGCCAGAAGUAGGUUUGCGUGCUGUCCUAGGGAAGUGUAAAGCAUUGGAGAAGCUUCGCCUUCAGUAUGUUCAUGCCCUGAAUGACAAUGACUUGAUUGCAUUAUCCCGGAGCUGUAGCAACCUUAAAAGCAUCUCACUUUGGCUCAACCUUCAGCGCUACUCUAGUGAUGUGAGAUAUUGUGAAACCAGGACAUCAUUUACUGAUAACAGCCUUUAUGCUCUAGCCCUAAACUGUCGUAUGCUUCAGACCGUAGACCUCAGAUUUACUGGAUGUGCUUCUGACUGGCCAUCAGAAAUAGGCUUCACACAAAAGGGUUUUCUGGUGCUCAUUCAGUCCUGUCCCAUCCGUGUUCUCGUGCUAAAUACUGCCAACUUCUUUGAUGACGAGGGGAUGAAGGCCCUGUCAUCCUCACCAUGUCUGGAGACACUUGAACUUAUGAUGUGUGAAGCGGUAACUGAUGUUGGGAUGCGCUUCAUUGCACACACCCCAUGCUUGAGUAGUCUCACACUUCGGUUGUGUCAUGAGGUGACUGAUGUUGGAGUGGCUGAACUGGGACAUGCACAUAAGUUAGAGAAUUUGGUCAUUGAUUGUUGUAGUAAGGUCUCUCUGCAAGCUGCGCAGGGCGUUACCAAGUUAGUUCACUACUCCAGAAACAUUUCAGAUGCCUUUAUGACAGUUGGUUUGAAGGAUUGUUGAUGAAGUGGUCCCCAAAAUUUUCAGUAUAAAUUUGCUGCUGAAACCAUUAAGUUGUUAAGUGUUCCCCAUUGGACAAGGAUGUGCAUCAUCCGACCCAGAUUCACUUCUCCGAACUUUCUAUUGCCUUCUACCUUUACCGCAAUGAUUCUCCUGUAUGACAGUCUACUGAUGAACUUUGGAAUGCAUCUGAUGAAUGCAACUUUAAUAACCACCACUUGUGUACUUUGUACUUUUGUAAUUCUUGUUGCUUAAUUUCUACUCUCUGUAGUCGUUUUGGAAUCCGCAUAAAUCGGCACCAGCAUUUCCUGUUUUGGCUGUGGAUGCAGUAUAUGACUGUGGGUUUUUAUUGUUUCUAUUCUCUAAGCAAAUGUCAUAACCUUUUUCUUUUGUUACGGAAGUUAUUUUCAAGUCU